GCCCGGCCCGGGAGCCUCGCAGUCCGUGCUGGGCAGCCGGGGAAGAAGCUUUGCCACCUGCCCGAGCGCCGCACCUGCCCCGCCCGCCCGCCCGCUCGCUCGCUCACCUGGGCGCACCUGGGGCUGCUCCGGCCGCGGCGGCUGAGACGGGGCGCCCCGCCUUGAUGGAGCCCGUGCAGCUCCCCGACGAAGCCGCCUUCCGCGCCUUCCAGGCGGAGUGCGAGACGGAGCUGGGCUGGCUCAGCCGCUACAACCGGGAUGGCAUCGCCGUCUGGGGGCAGCUGCCUCCCCAGGGAGACUUCGCCGUGCACCGCGUGAAGGGCCGUGUGAACAUGCCAGAGGUAUCAGCGGAGACCGUCUUUGAUGUCCUCCAUGACACCGAAUACCGGAAGAAAUGGGACUUGAAUGUUAUAGAAACCCAUGAGAUUGCCCGGCUGUCUGAUAACGCUGAUGUGGGAUACUAUUCCUGGAAGUGCCCCAAACCUUUAAAGAACAGAGAUGUGGUCACCUUGAGGUCUUGGCGAGUCUUGGAUAAGUCAUAUGUAAUCCUCAAUUUCUCUGUCAAGCACCAGAAAUACCCUCCCCGCAAGGACCUUGUCAGAGCUGUGUCACUCUUAGCUGGAUACCUGGUGCAACCAACUGGACCUAGCAGCUGCUGCUUGACUUAUUUGGCUCAGGUAGACCCAAAAGGAUCCCUGCCUAAGUGGGUUGUGAAUAAAGCAUCUCAGUACCUGGCGCCAAAGCUUAUGAAGAAAAUGUACAAAGCUUGCCUGAAGUAUCCUUCCUGGAAGCAGCAACACAACGCGGGCAAAAAGCCUUGGUUGCAUCCCGAGCAGAGCCUUCUUCCCACCAUGCCCCUCUCCGAACUGUCCCUCCAACAUGCCUCCUCGCUGGAGAACAUCGACGAGAGCGGCUUGACGGAAGCCAAGGAAGAGAAAGGAGACAUCAGCGGUUCAGAGAAUUGAUACCAAUUUGACUUUUGCUCACUUUUGAGACUUAGCACUCGCCAGCCAGCUGGCUUACCCAGUUGGUUUUACAAUAAAGGAUAAAAAAAGAAAAA